AUGUCAGUGAAUAUCAAACCAUUGUAGAUGCUCACAACACUACCUUUUACUGUCUAGGUUAAUAAUAGAUAAAAUAUUAAUGGGAAUAACAAUUAUAUGGUUUUCUUCUAUUUAGAUGUGUUGGCAGUGGAAAUCUCGCCAGUUAUUAACUUAACUUACUAUAUCACAGAAGAUUUUAAGAAAAUUUUUUAAAAACUUUAAAUAGUAAUUACCCAAAUAAUAUAACAACUGUAUUCAUUAGUGAUGGUCAGGAGUCUUUUGAUUUUAAUUAAUUGA